CCCAACACCUCCAUCGUUUCACGCACCAAAUCCCACGAGAGAGAAAAAAAAGAAAUGGACUGCUUCGACUUCUUACCGGACCCCAUAAUCAUCGACAUCUUCAACGCCGUCUCCGACGUCAAGACCCUCACCUGCUGCCGCGCCGUCUCCCGUCGCUUCAACGCCCUCGUCCCCCACGCCGACGCCCUCCUCCUCCGCGUCGACCGGGUCCUCCCCGAAUCAGACCCCGACUCCCUCCUCCUCUCCUUCUUCCGCAACCUCCUCAACUCCGUCCACCACUUCCUCUCCCCCCACCCCGCCCCCGUACCGCCCAACUACCCCACCCGGGUCCUCCGCGGGUUCGCCCGGAUCCGGGACCUGGAGAUCGAGCUGCCCUCCGGCGACCUGCGGCUCGAGAAGGGCACGGUGGUCAAGUACAGGGCGGUGUUCGGGGAGAGACUGAGGAGCUGCGUCAUACUCGGGUUCCGCCACUGGCACGGUGCAGGGGAAGCGCAGGACGGCUUCGUGGAGGAGCUGAAGGAGCGGGUGGCGUGGAUCGUGAGCGCGCUGGUGGGCGCGUCGGCGAGGCACCAUUACGUGGCGAGCCAGGUGGCGAGGGAACACCGGGGGUUGGCGCGGCUGGCGGUGAGGGACAGGGACGGGGAGGGUGAGGUGGUGAUGGACGAGCUGGGGCUGAGGGAGGCGGCGGCGGCAGCGGCAGGAUCGCACGGCGAGGGGCCGGGGACGCUGGCGGUGCCCACGCUUAGGAUGUCAAUGCGACACGAGAGGACGGUGGAGAUCGCGGGAGGCGGUGGAGGGGCGCGCCUCGAGGGGCCCAUGCUGGUCGUCGUGAGGCCCGACGAGGAUGACGACGCGGCGGAGGAGGACGAUGCUGAGCUGGCGCUGGAGGCGUUCGGGAGCGGAGCUCAUGGGGAGGUGGUUAGGGCUUUGCUCAAGAGCGGGAGUUAUUUAAUGGAGAUGAAUUCUUUCUGAAAA